AUGUCGGGUGUCGUGCGAGGCCCCGCCGGGAACAACGACUGUCGAAUCUACGUGGGGAACCUGCCCCCCGACAUCCGCACCAAGGACGUGGAGGACGUGUUCUACAAGUACGGCACCAUCCGGGACAUCGACCUGAAGAACCGGAGAGGGGGCCCGCCGUUCGCCUUCAUUGAGUUCGAGGACCCGAGGGACGCAGAUGACGCGGUCUACGGACGCGAUGGUUACGACUACGACGGCUACAGACUGCGCGUGGAGUUCCCCCGGAGCGGCCGGGGCUCCAGAGGCGGGUUUGGAGGGAUCGGCGGAGCCCCGAGGGGCAGAUACGGGCCCCCGUCCAGACGCUCCGAGUACAGGGUCAUCGUGUCAGGACUCCCACAGAGCGGCAGCUGGCAGGACCUGAAGGACCACAUGCGCGAGGCCGGUGACGUGUGCUACGCUGAUGUGUUCAGAGACGGAACCGGGGUUGUAGAGUUUGUGCGCAAAGAGGACAUGACCUAUGCCGUUCGAAAGCUGGACAACACCAAAUUCCGCUCGCACGAGGGAGAGACUGCUUACAUUCGUGUGAAAUUAGACGGUCCCCGCAGCCCGAGUUACGGAAGAUCACGCUCCCACAGCCGUGGCAGCCGGAGCAGGAGCCGCAGCCACAGCGCCAGCCGCAGUCGCAGCAAUUCCCGAGGCCGCGGCAGAGGAUCGCCCCGCUACUCGCCUCGCCACAGCCACUCUCGCUCCCGUUCCUAA